ACUUUGCAAGAAGUUGUGACAGCUGGAAGACAGAUGACAGCGUAGUGGGAACUGUUGGCUACCCAGGGGCAGGGCGGCCGCCCUAACUUCCGCAGAUGGGGUUGAAGCCUGACUUUUGAGUAAGAAAGUGGCACUCCUAGAACAGACGGCUGGGAGUACGUGGACUUAACUUACAGCUUACUUUCUUGAGUCAGUGCCGGCUCGGAAGGUCAUGCCCAUUUCCCCAAGGCAGUGUCCCCACAUAGAGGCUUUGAUUGUAAAUUGCUCCGGGGGCCUUAGGGUGAAGCUGGGUGGGUGCUUUGGGUUGACCCCAGCCUGUUUUUUUUUCCUUUGGAAACAAGCUCUCAGAAGUACACAGAUUAGUUACAGGGAUUUACACUGUGUGUUAUUUUAAACACAAACUGACCAUUUAAUAUUUCAUAAAAUUUCUUAAUAAAAUCCAGUAAGUGUUCUUAAUUUAGAAAUUAGAAUUUUGGAGGAAUUAAGAAUAUUCUUUAAAUAUAAAUCUUUACAACUAGACCUAGAAGUGAUCCCAUUAAAGUAAGGAAUAGGGCAAAAGAUACAUUGUCUAAUUCUAGCUAAUGAAAGGGGACAGCUAUCUAAUUCUAGCUAAUGAAAUAAGGUAGGAAACAAAAUUAAAUGUGAAAGAAAAGUUUUCAUUUCUGUAGAUAAUCAAACUGCAUUUUGCAACAAAAAGAGAAAAGCCAUUAAAUAAGGAAAAAUUAAUGAUAAAAUUAGCAUACACGUUUCUCUUGUUUCAUCAGUAGUCUGUUCAAAAAGUAUAAUGGUUAAAAUGUAUGAGAACAAAAACAGUCCCUGGGAGUACCUGUAGAUAUAGAGGAAUCCAGGGGCUUUUGCAUAAUCUGUCCCCCCCCCCUUCUGGUUUUUCAAGGCAGGUUUGGUUUCUCUGUAGCCCUGGCUCUUCUGGAACUCUGUACACCAGGCUGCCUUGAACUCAAAAAGAUCUACCUACUUCUACUGAGAUUAAAGGCAUGCACCACCACCUCUCUAGCCACAAUCUUUUUUAAAAAGAAUUUUUCUCCCCCUUUGUGGCAUUCUAAUAUUUAACUCAUUCGGAGUAUUUAAAACCUAAUCUCAUAACCAGGGCUAUACGGAGAAACCCUGUCUCAAAAAAAAAAAAAUACAACAACAACAACAACAACAAAAAAAAACCAAUCCCUAGGUUUGUGUUUGUGUUUUUUUCCUUUUUGUCAUUUUAUUUGGAGAUAGUUUCAUGUAAUCCAUGCUGACUCCUUAUGUAGCCAAGAGUAAUUUUAAACUUCUGAUCCUCCUGCCUCUGCUUCCACAAUGCUAAAUUUACAGGUGUAUAUUACCAUUCCCAGUUUACACACUGUGGCAAUUUGGAACCAAGGGCCUCCAGUGUACUAGGAAAGCACUCAACUGAGCUACAUCUCCAGCCCAUUCUUAGUUAUUUUUAAGACUUGUGGAAUUUCAUUAAUGUUUUGUUUACAAAUUUAAGAAUUUAUAUGUCAAAAAAUUACUUGAGGGUCUGCAAGAUGGUUCAGCAGAUAAGGGUGCCUGCCUCCAAGCCUGAAGACCUACAUUCAGUCCCCGGAACCCACAUGAUGAAAUGAAAGAACCAACUUCUAAAUCAUGCUGUGACACCUGCUAAGACUUGUUGGUAGCCAUGUCGGAGCCCCACAGGGUCCAGUUCACCUCUCUCCCAGGUCCUUUGAAUCCUGCAUUUUUGAAGAAGUCCAGGAAAGAGGAAGUUGGAGGAACAGAACAGCAUCAAGACUGUGAGCCAGCUGCAGCUGCUGUUCGGAUUACACUCACCCUCUUUGAACCAGAUCACAAACGCUGCCCAGAGUUCUUCUAUCCAGAGUUGGUGAAGAACAUCCGAGGGAAGGUGAAAGGCCUUCAUUCCGGAGACAAGAAAAAAGAUGUCUUGGAUCCUUUCAAUGAUGAAGAAAAAGAAAGGCAUAAGGUGGAGGCCCUUGCACGAAAAUUUGAAGAGAAAUAUGGUGGAAAGAAACGUAGGAAAGACCGAAUACAGGAUUUGAUUGAUAUGGGGUAUGGCUAUGAUGAGUCGGAUUCUUUCAUUGAUAACUCAGAGGCGUAUGAUGAACUUGUUCCUGCUUCUUUGACCACAAAAUAUGGAGGAUUUUACAUUAACUCGGGAACCUUACAAUUUAGACAAGCUUCAGAAUCUGAGGAUGACUUCAUUAAGGAAAAGAAGAAAAAAUCUCCGAAGAAGCGGAAGUUGAAAGAAAGUGGUGAAAAGAUAAAGAAGAAGAAAAAAGAUGACACUUACGACAAGGAGAAGAAAUCGAAAAAGUCCAAGUUUUCCAAAGCUGGCUUCACAGCCCUCAAUGCCAGUAAGGAGAAAAAGAAGAAGAAGUACUCUGGGUCGUUAAGUGUUAGAGAGAUGCUAAAGAAAUUUCAGAAGGAGAAAGAGGCUCAGAAAAAGAGGGAGGAGGAGCAUAAGCCUAUAGCUGUGUCGUCAAUAGAAGUUCAGGGCCUGAGGGAAUUGGAGAGCACUUCUGACCCCUUGCUCUCACUCUUUGGCUCCACUUCUGACAAUGACUUGCUCCAAGCUGCCACUGCCAUGGACUCCCUGACAGAUUUGGACUUGGAGCAGCUGCUCAGUGAGUCUCCAGAAGGAAGCCCUUUCCAAGAUAUGGAUGAUGGAAGUGAUUCCCUUGGAGUGGGAUUGGAUCAGGAAUUCAGGCAGCCCUGUUCCUUUCCCGAAGGCCUGCCAACACUCCUGGAGAAGCGUGUUAAGGAGCUGGCUCAGGCUGCCAGAGCUGCUGAGGGAGAGAGCAAACAGAAGUUCUUCACUCAAGAUAUUAAUGGUAUCCUGCUAGACAUAGAGGUUCAAACCCGGGAGCUGACUAGCCAAAUUCGUUCUGGGGUGUUUGCUUAUCUGGCUUCAUUCCUGCCAUGCAGCAAGGAUGCUCUGGUCAAGCGUGCUCGGAAACUUCACCUCUAUGAACAGGGUGGGCGCCUAAAGGAACCACUCCAGAAGCUCAAGGAUGCCAUUAGUCGGGCCAUGCCUGAGCAAGUGGCCAAGUACCAGGAUGAAUGCCAAGCACACACACAAGCAAAGGUUGCUAAGAUGCUGGAGGAAGAGAAAGACAAGGAGCAGAGAGAACGGAUUUGUUCUGAUGAGGAAGAAGAUGAAGAAAAGGGGGGCCGGAGGAUAAUGGGACCCCGGAAGAAAUUCCAGUGGAAUGAUGAAAUCAGGGAGCUUUUGUGCCAGGUGGUGAAGAUCAAACUGGAGAGCCGGGAUCUGGAGAGGAACAGCAAGGCCCAGGCCUGGGAGGACUGUGUGAAAGCGUUUUUGGAUGCUGAAGUCAAGCCUCUCUGGCCCAAAGGUUGGAUGCAGGCCAGGACUCUAUUUAAAGAGAGCCGUCGAGGCCAUGGGCACCUGACAUCACUCCUGGCUAAGAAGAAAGUAAUAGCUCCCUCAAAAAUCAAGGUGAAGGAAUCAUCUGCUAAGCCUGAUAAAAAAGUUUCCAUCUCAUCAGGACAGCUUGGUGGUCCCACUACUUUGCUCUCAGAACAUCAGGGUGGAGGCCUGAAUAUUGGAGCAACCAACAGGGAGCUUUCAUCCCAAGCAGCUUGUGGCCUCAGUGACCCUGUUCCUGUCACCCUGGAGGACUCACUGGAUGAAGACUUGGUCCGGAAUCCAACCUCUUCUGUGGAAACUGUGUCUAAAGAGCUGGCUGUGUUGAACAGCAGAGCAGCCAGCGGUUCUGAAUUCACACUGCCUGCGCCCUCCAAAGCACCAACAGAAAAAGUUGCUGGUGUUUUGUGUACAGAAGAGAAGCGGAACUUUGCAAAGCCCAGCUCUUCUGCACCUCCACCUGCUAAUGCUCUGCAGUCACCUCUCAAUUUUCUGGCUGAACAGGCUCUAGCACUGGGGCAGUCUUCUCAGGAGAAAAAGCCAGAGAGUUCUGGCUACAAAGAGCUGUCCUGCCAAGCUACCCUCAGCAAGGGUAUAUCUGAAUUGCACCAGUCCAAAGCAAAGCACCACAGUUUGCCACGGACGUCUCAUGGACCCCAGGCAGCUGCCCCCAUGCCUAGCUCCCAAGUCAAAGUCUUUCAUGCAGGCAUUCAACAACAGAAAAGCUUCACACCCCCAUCCCCCUUUGUCAACAAGCUGCAAGGCCCAAAGGCUGCCUCUCCACAGUGUCAUCGUUCCCUCCUGCAGUUGGUAAAGACAGCAUCCAAAGGCCAGGCCUUCCAUGCCACUAUGCCAUCGUCCUCUGUAAGUUCACCGGCCUCCAGUAGCAGCUCUCAUAAGACCACAGCCUCGUCCUCUACUCCCCUGAGCCAUCCAGCAAAGCAGCAUCCAGCCAGCUCUGUGGGACCAUCUUAUAAGAAUAACCCUUUUAGUGGCUCAGUCUCUAAACAUGGGGCUUCUUCUAGCAGUCCAUCACCUGCUGGAUCCCAAGUGCAGAGCUCUGUUUCUGGGACCUUGCUCCCAAGUGUGCAGUCUCCCUUAGCUGGACAGCCUUCAAACCGAGCUGCCCCAAGUUCUGCUGUGAAAAAAACACCUGUUUCUCAGAAGCUGACCCUGGUGGCUCCACCUGGAGGUCCAAAUGGAGAUUCUGGUGGUGGAACACAGGGAGUGGCAAAGUUACUGACCUCCUCCCUAAAGCCUGCUGCAGUUAGUAGUGUGACAUCGUCUACCUCCUUGCCAAAAGGAACCGGAGGGGCAAUGCUGCUGUCCAACACUUCUUCCUUAAGCCUGCUGUCUUCAUCCUAUAAGCCCAGCAACCCCAAGCUUCAGGGGGCUAUGAACUCAAACUCAGUGGGAAUCAUAACCUCUGUCCCAUUUCCACUUCAUGUGCUGUCCUUCAGUUCAGACUCCUCUGCCAAAGCAGGGGUCUCGAAGGAUGCCAUUGUUACAGGUCCAGCCCCUGGGACCUUCCAUCAUGGUCUCAGCCACAGUCUUCUGGCUGGCUUGCACUCCAGCCCACCCCACACAGCGCCUCUCCCACAUACUGCUGUGUCCACCCAUGUCCCACAGAGUCUGCCAGGUAAAUGCCAGAUGCUUCACAGCUUCAUGGGAAAGGGCCUGCUGUACCAAGGAAAUUGUGACCACUUUGGAAGAUGGAAUCAAAUGACAUAGGUCUGGGAGGAAGUCCAACAUGUAGGUCUCUGAUAUCAGAUAUUUGCUGUGCUCUUCCUGUCCACUGCUUUGCUUCUGGAGCAGCAAUGAGUUUGAAAUGGAGCACUUCUUAGCACUUCUGAUCGGCCUUCAACCAAGGGGCAGCUUCUGCUGCUUACAAAGCUCUUACUGACUUGGUGCUCUGGGCCUCAUGGCUUUGUCGCUGGACGACAUCAAGGGGCAGCUCUGGGCUGGGAAGUGUGCCUAGACUGUGUUGGGAAGCACAGUGUGCAUGAACUCCUGUGGCAGAUCUGUUGGCUACUGGGUUCUAAGUCUGCCCAGCUCCUGGCAUUUGGUGUAUCUCAGAGCUUCCUACUGGUCAGGGACUCCUCCUGGCCUCAGUAGAACCCCUGGAUUGUUGUGAUUCCAUCCCAUCCUCAGGCUGUGUGCUCAAGAGGACAAAACCCAGGUCAGAGCACAGGUGGGAUACCUUGCAAAAUACUAAGAACACCUAAUGUGUGCUCUUGUAGGGGCCAGUUUCUUCUCCUCAGAACAUGACAAUGAAGCUCUUAUAGAGAAAAAGAUCUUUAUAGAUUCAACAAUUGUGGUAGGAUUUUUAAAGACACCUAUCUUGGGCUGUUUUUGUCAUUACCAUUGAAUGCAUUGGAUAGAAUGGGACUGCUCUUCACACAUCACAUUAUAGGAAGACUUAAUUCCAGUGCCUUUUGGUGGAGCAGACUUUGACAACUCAAAUCUAUCCAUUCAGCCCCCUGAGUGGAUCUGAGAUGAAGACCUUUUUUAAAGCUAGUCUGUAUUUAAGACAGUUUUAUUUAAUUAGGUUUUUUAUGACUGCACAUCAUAAUCUGUGCCGUCCUGACUUGAAAGUCAUCUGAGCCCCCAAAUCCCAGGUUUUCAUGGAGCUACAGAUCUGUCUUGUUUUUGGUUUUUUUUUAGAGUUGAUGCAGGUGGGCUGCCGGGGAGCUCCUCAGUCCUCUGUGUCUGAGAGCCCAGGGGUUCCAAGCCACAGGUAGACAUUCCACUCUGUCUUAUUAGAAAUCUCUCUGGCAGAGCUACAAGACAGGCCUCUGAAGCUUCUGCCACAGAGAACAGGUCUGGGGUACUGGUGCUGUCUGGACAGCCAGCGGCUGGGUGGACUUAGGGGGAUGUGCAGAGGGUCUGGAGAAUGGACAGAGGACAAAGAUAGUGACUACAGAUCUUCCAUCACUAGGCUACCACACUCAUCCAGUGACUAUUUCAUAUGGAUUUGGAGGGCUCUUGCCUAUCCUGUUAAUCUACCACACAGUGGGUCUGGCUGACUGCCUAUCCAGACAACAUUUGGGAAGGUGAUCAGCACUCUCAGUGCCCACCCAGGAUGAGUCUGGUGUGCUUUUGGUUCCUGCCUCAAGGAUUGGAACGCAGUAGCUCUCUAUUCCUGUGGAGGUGGCCACCUUUCCACCUUACUGGGAGCAAGACUUUUGUCAGUUCGUUGGUCCAGCCUCUGUUAUGAUUCCUUCUGUAUGGAAGAACCAAUUGUUUUCACAUUGGGCCAUGUGGAUUCCUUAUCCUUUUAUUACAUAUAUUUUUUGCAACUUGGAUUUCCAGUUUGUUUACAGAAUAGUCUUAGGUAGUAGCAAAAAGAGCCAAAGAAGAGAUUUGUAUAGCUGAGCUCUAAGUCGAGCUGAGGCCGCCAGCAAAGCUGAGCAGUGGGAACUCUCCAGGCUCCUCUGUCCGUCAAACAACGGGCCCCAGCACCCCACCCCUUUGGUGCUCCCUUCUCCCCAUGUGCCACUGCGUGUGCAGCUAGAACAGGAUGCCCUCAUCUUUAGGAAUCUAGCGAUGCCUCUUGCCUCAGGGAAACGUUUCUUUGAUGGGGAGUUAAUGAGAUUUCUUUUCCUUGUUUAUGCUUUAUUUGUGGUAAUGAAAGAGUGAGUGACUUAAACAGCCAUGGCCAGGGAGACCUGCAGCCCGGCUACAGCAGAGGGUGGGGGUAGAGAGCGCUCAGUGGGAUGCAAGGGUUUCUUUGGUGGGUGUAAGGCUCUGAGCACUUAACCAGGCGUGGCCGUUUCUUAGGUGUGAGAGGGGCUGUGGCUUUUGUGCAGCAACUAUGUUGGUGUUAGGGGGUGGUGUGGAAAUUGUUAAUCUUGUAUAAAGCAACACAAUAAAUUGUUUUUGAGGUUUCCAAAA